UCAAUUUUCUAUUGUCCUUUAUAUUAUAACUUAACCUUUAAAACAAAGCGUCGAUAUGUCCGAGUGGUUAAGGAGACAGACUUGAAAUCUGUUGGGCUUCGCCCGCGCAGAAAUGGAGGACACGGUAAUGAGUUCAAUAACACUCCCCAAAACGACACAAGAGCUUGCACUCGAAGGCCAAAAGCAUCUCGAAGAAACAAUCCAAGCUGCUUACCAGAUCCUUUCUUCUAUGAACGACGAGCUUUGUAACCCUAAUUUAUGGUCAACAACAUCCUCCGGCAAUUCUUCUACUGUCAAUACAAACACAACUUCACCGAUUACUGCGGCUACUAAUGGCGAUGUUGCUUCUGAUGGAGGCCACCACUUGGACAGUGGCGGUGCUGGUGGUGUCGGUGUUGGUACUUGUAAUGGUGCUCUCGAUGAAGCGAGGUUUCGGUAUAAGAAUUCUGUUGCUGCUCUUCGUGAGGUCCUCGCGGCCAUUCCUAAUUCUCAAAAGGCAAAAGCAUUUGAAACCACGAACAGUUCAGCGUCUCCAGCAGAUCAUGCUGAGGUUGAGAAAUUGGAAGAGCAAGCCUCCAAUCUAAGAAAGGAACUUGUAAACAAAAAUGCGUGCCUGAAGCUUCUCAUUGAUCAGUUGCGAGAUCUUAUUACUGACAUUUCCACAUGGCAAAGUCCUUGCUCUGUUUGAAGUUGAUAUAUAUGUGUAUGAGGGAUAGAGAUGCCUGCAAACUAAGGCUAGAGUGAAAUGUCUGUAUGAGGUGAUCUUAUCUUCACAUUACUUUCACUGUUAAACUUCUAUAUCGAGUUUUGUAGGAAGACAAGAUAACCUGUGAACGGUCUUGAUUUUAAGAAGGAAAAUAGGAUUCUGAAAGAGGAAAAAAAUGUUCUUAUGAGAGAACAUGUGAGGGCUCUUGUAUGCCAUGAUAUGUUCAGCAUUGUGAAGCCUCUAUUAAAAUGAAUAUCUGGAAUAAGUAGCUUGAUUGAUAGUUGCAAUGAUGUUGUUUGUUCAAUCCAAAUAUUAUGAAAUGCCCCCUGACAAAGGCGUUAAUAUGUA